AUGGAGCCAUCCCCUCUAACCCAGGACUCGCGGCCUGAAAUAUUCCAGCCCAAAAUCAUAUCCCUCUACGAAACCCUAUUCAAAGAAGAUGACGAAGAUGUCGAACUGUCCGAGGGAUUCUGGCAAGAAUUCUUUCUCCACCGCCCCGAUACAGCCGGCCUGAAGCGCACACUGGCCUCGAUUGCGCCAGACGAGAUGCUCCACCAGCAAGCGCGUUCACAGCAACUCUUCCGCCACGCCCUCCUCCGCGUCAAGCAAGCAAAAGCACCCGCCGACGAAAUCGCCCUCGAGACCUUGACAGUCUUCCUCGAUGCCGCUCUUACCAAGAAAUACACGAAUCCUAGCUCCGACAUCAUAUCUGUUCUUACGGGGCUCAACGAUGCGGAUGCCGUCAUGACGGAUUUUGUAGCCACGCUGGAUACGGCUAUACGGGGUGGACGUGAUGUUGCUUUGCGCCUGAGGGCCGUUCGAGCGACGCUGAGUAUAACCGCCGCUGGCUUUCAGACUGCGCUGCCGAGUUACUUUACGCAUCGCGAUCUGUUCCCGAGUCUCAUGAAGUACAUCUCCGACUGUCCCUCGACUCCUCAAGUCGUCCCCGCCCUCUACCUCCUUGGCCUCCUCACGAACUACAACAAAUUCGAAUUUCAAAACCCGUAUCGCCUGCGUCUCGACGACUUUGUCAACGACGCCAUCAUACAGGACAUGGUGAGCUGUUUCGGCGACACGUGUAGGAAGCUGAGAGAUAGCUAUGUAGCUGUGCAAGAUGAUAUGCCCGAAGGUUGGAGUCUGGGAUCUACGCUUAGUUAUAUUGGCUUGGGGGCGCUGGCGGGGAGUGGGAGUAGGCCAACGACACCAACACCGGCGGCCCCUGAAGAGGCAAAGAGCCUCUUUGCUGCAUUACCCGGUCCGGAAAUCGGCAUCCUCCUCUCUGUCUACGACUUCGCAAACGCGAACAAAGUCUUCUGCUUCAACCUCGUCAAAUCUACCCCCAACGCCUCGUCCGAUGCCGCAGCAGCCUCACCAUCCCCCCUCAGCGCGUACCUCUCUUUGACGAGCUACAUGUUCCAGCAUGCACACAGGAGUGCGAGGGCGGCGCUGUACACAUACCUCAGUCUCUUCGUGCUGCAAAUACUUGUCGAGGACCAGACGCUCGCGAAGCGUCUGUGCAGUGAGGAAAGUAAACUGGACGUAAGGUUGUGUCGGCAGCGACAACCUUAUCUGCCGGUUGUGAGGGGGGAGAGAGUACCAGGUGCUGUUGUGUUGGAUAUGAUGAAUGAUGCUAUCAGUCAUAAUCUAAGGAGACGGUUGGAUGUGGAUUUUUACAUCCUCUGUCUCGGCGUCCUAUUGCGUCUGCUCUCCCACCUCAGUCGAACAAAAACGCGCAUCACGUACCAUUGGGCAGAACUCUGGCGAACUCUCCUCUCCUUUGUCCGCUUCCUCACCACGUACGAAAGCGACAUCAAGAGCAACUACAAAUCCAACAAGAUGAUUGACCUGCUCGUCAACCUCCUCGCUUUCGCGCUGUCGAGCGGCGAAAACUUCUUACCGGAUCCAGCCGCGUACGACGACCUCUUCUACAAGCUCGUCGAGAGUGGCGAUACCCUCGUCAAGUUCCGAGACGCGUUUGCCUUGGGAAAACAGGGGUCCAUGCAGACGCUGAUUAACGUGUCGAAUCACUAUCAGGCCUUGUUGAAUGACAAGGGCAAGGCGAGGAAGCAUCUUAGUCCGCAAGAGGUGCACGCGGUUAUCAAGCAAGGGUAUGAGACAUUGAAUAUUGACGCGAGUGAGGGAUUGGACCGGUGGGACAAGUUUCGUGAGGCCGACCACAAGUCAACGUUGAAGAAGAUUGCCAGGGUUGUUGUGGAGGAUGCUAGGGGAUUAGGUGGCGAGUAG